AUGCGUUCCAGUCGGACAAAUUCGAAUUUAGAAUCACUACUGUGCAAAGCGGCGAACAAUGCGGAUGUCAGGGAAGUUCAGUCACUUCUGUCUCAAGGCGCAAAUCCAAACUUAGUGCAGAGUGAUGGUGUUGCUGCAGUACAUCUGGCUGCAGGUAAGGAGUCAGAGAAAGGAAUCCGCUGCCUAAAACUACUCCUGCAACAUGGAGCAGACCCCAACCUUAGAUCUACAGAGGGUUUGACUAGUCUUCACAUAGCUGCAUCCUGGGGCUGUUACCAGAAUCUCAGACUGCUCCUGAAGAACGGUGGAAACCCCAGCCUGAAGGAUCAAGAUGGGAACAAACCGGCUGAUUUAGCAGAGCAAGAGGACAACAGCAAAUGUGCCAUUUUGCUCUCGGAGUAUGAGUCCCAGUCUGCACAGAUGGAAAAUGAAGAUUUACCCAAGUUCGAAUAUUCCAUCUACUCUGGCCAUUCGAACAAGCCCAGUUUCCUGGACUGUAGCAUUGGCUCUCAGGGCUUUUCUAUGCUGAGUGAACUGGCAAACGAGCCACUGAGCAGCACCCGGCGUUCCUCUUUACUCUGGACGUCAAGAAUGAGCAACAGGCCCAGCUGGAGCAGGCAGAGUGACCUAUCACAUCUCCAGAUGUCUGCUACACAGGACUGCGACAGAACGUCGGACUGGGACGCCCCUGUGUUCUCCAGCACUCGUCUGUCGGUUGCCGUCGACAACCUCGCAGCUAUGCCCACGCUGAAGGAGGACGUCCCGCUUACGGACUGCGAAAGAUCCGCCGCGUUUCGUCCGGCUCAGUUCGAUCCGUCGUCGGGUCCUUCCCGACGCGCCAGCCGCAAAAGCGUGAGCUUCAGAGACUUUGAUGAAUAUUUCCCCAUUCCCUCACCUCACUCUCCGUCUCAGACGCAGCAUCAGCCGCAGCUAACUGCAGAUAAGGACAGCUCUUGCUGGGGAGACUCCUCAAUAGAUUUCUCCCUGUACCCCGAUUUCUUAGACUCACAGCGAUUGGCGACUGUGUUGCACCACCAAGGGAUCGACGUCACGUCGCCCGACCACGUUUUCGUGUUCUCACGAGAUGAGGAGAGCUCUCCGGAGGAUUUCGAGAAGACCGUGGUGGGGUUUCUGACUUUGGACAACGGGUCAGAUGACGUGUUUGAUGAUCAGGGAAACGAGGUGAAAGGUCUCACUCAGGCACUGUGUAGCAGCAGCAGCAGUGGCUCAAGUAAAUACAGUAGUUGUGACAGUGACCAGUACAAGACAGCCAUUGAAGUUUCCGCACAUCAGAAAGAUCUCUUACCUUCAGAGGAAAGUGAAGAAACAGAAGAGCCUCUGGUGAAUGAACAUGAUAAAGAUCCGUCCCUAGAACGCUAUGAUGGUACCAACCCCACCACUCAUGGAAACGACAGAGGAGGGUUGUUCAGUAACAUUCACUGUGGUGAAAGAAAUGAGGUUAUGACCACUCCGGCUGUUGCUGCUGAUCUCGCUGCUAAACACUCUGUUGAAGUGACAGAGAUGAUUAGUAAUCUGACUUUGACUCCCAGAGCAUGCCAUGACAGGGCAGAGGAAGAAACCAGUGUUGGUUCCAGUAAGGUGCCAGAGAUCCUGGGUGCUAAGAGUCAUUACGUUGAAGAAACCCCCAAAUCUGCAACGUUCAGCACGGCACAAGUCGAGCAAAACGAAGACGAUGUUCUGUUGACUCCGAGCCCAUUCGUGACUGGCAGAACCCGCUCCAGACUCAGCCGCUGCUCUCAGAGGAUGAGUAAAAGCUCCACCUCCUUCUCGUCCAGCUCCUCCCUUUUCGAACAGACCCUGCCCACUCCGACUCGAGUGCGACGCAAUGCCGUGAGGACGCCCGAGAACGUUGAUGGCAGGCGCACGCCGUCUGAGCGCUGCUUCACUCCGUCCCUUGAGGACAGCACCACGGGAGGGACAUACGACUCCCAGACGAGCACCCUGAAGUCAUCUUAUGGCUCAUAUGAUCAGGGCAGCCAGGCUGACACUGUACUUGUCUCAGGGAGCAUGGCAGAUACAGUCAUUAUCUCUGGGAGUGUUACGGAGACCGACAGCGGCUCUUUGGCUGAGACCUUGGGGAAAGGCAGCCUGGGAACUCCCAAUCCAUGCCACAGAAGAGAACUGUCUGACAGAGACCGUGAGUUUUUAACCUCUGACGUGACGACCAGUGAAAGCGGGGAUACAGAAGGACCCACAAAAGCAGGACUGCAGAGAGCAGACUGUUACAGCUCCUCUUCGGGAGAGAACGAUCGCUGGAUCAGUUCGGAGUCCUCUUCUCAGGGGAACUUGGACUCCCCCAUCACAGGCUUCGAUACCCCCACCCCCCAUGACCGUCCUGCUGAGACUCCCGAGUCUGGCUACAGUCGUAGAUACAGUAUGAGUCGCCUCUCGGGUCGACACCGACCCCGGUCUCUGGCCAACCUCUCGUACACGCCGGGCGGACGACCCCUCAUCACGGACGUGGACGAACCCGUGGAAUAUCUCUACACAGACAUCGAGAAAGGACACGAGCUCAUCGAGACUCACGUGCCCCCUACGUCCAACACCUCCCUCAGCUCCACCACCAGCGAGGACACGGUAUUGUACGACUGGCGUUCGGCGCAGACCAGCCCGGUCAAAGGAAAGGAGAACAAGAAGCCCAGCGAAGAGGAUGACCGCGUCGAAACCGGAGGGUUGACGGACAAAGAGCUUCGACGCAGGCUGAUCGAAGUGGGGGAGGAACCGGGCCCCAUAAACAGCCACACGCGGCCCAUAUACAUACAGCGACUACGCCGCCUUCAGAACGCAACCACCAAGCAACAGCCGGCUCAAGCAGGCACGAGCCCUUUUACUGGUUACAGCCCCGAGCUCUGUCGGGCGCUGCAGACGUUUGAGCUGCCGGACUGCAAGGCGGAGGAGUUUGCUCUGAGUGAGCAGUUUGAUCAGCCUGAUCAAAACAAAAGGUGGCGCGAGGGACUCAUCAAGUCCAGCUUCAAUUACCUGCUGCUCGACCCGAGAGUUACGAAGAACCUACCGUUCCGAGGUCAGGCCAUGACGAUGAAGGAGUGUUUUCAGACCUUCGUCGGUUCGAUCUUCUACGUGGGCAAGGGCAAGCGUUCCCGACCCUACAGUCAUCUCUACGAAGCUCUGGAAUAUUUCAGGGGAGACAAGACCUCUAAAAAACUAUGCUCCAAAGUACAGCACAUCCUGCAGGUAUGGAAUGCUGACCAGGGCGUGAUCUCCUUGCACUGCUUCCAAAACGUCAUACCGGUGGAGGCCUACACCCGCGAAGCAUGCAUGGUGGAUGCCAUCGGGUUGAAGAUGCUCACCAAUCAGAAGCGAGGAGAUUAUUACGGCGUGGUAUCCACGUUGCCAGCCAAACGUCGACGAGAGCUUGGCGUUCACCUGCUGUACCGUGCCAUGCAGAUCUUCUUGGCGGAGGGAGAGAGGCAGCUUAGGCCUGCGGACCUGCGUAUGGGACACUGA